CAUCAAUAGCAUACACCUCCAAAAUGACUCUAGUCCCAAUUGAUCAUUCCGAGAUCAACACCACCAUGAAUACAGAUGAAUGCAAUUACCAGUACCACCAAUGCUAUCAUCAUGACCAAGAUCAUCAGCCGAAGCCUACCUAUCAGGUUUACUGCCGAGCAGACCACAAAUACGCGCUCGCUAUCCGUAACAGCAAGGUCAUUCUCGCCCCAUCCAAUCCCUCCGACCCUCGUCAGCACUGGUACAAGGAACAAAAGUUUGGAGCCCAUGUUAAGGAUGCAAUAGGCUUACCCAGCUUUGCUCUGGUGAACAAAGCCACCGGGGAAGCCAUCCAACACGACGUCUUUGCCGGCGCUUAUCAACCGGUACGGGUAGUGAAGUAUGAGCCUAAUGAUGUUGAUCAUUCGAUAUUGUGGAGUGAAGCUUGUAUCAAGGAUGAUAAUGGGGAGUAUAAAGCAAUUAGGGUGGUGAACAACAUUGGCGUGAACUUGGAUGCAUUUCGCGCUAUGAAAGAACAUGGGGGAGUCCAAGAUGGUACUGUUAUUGGUCUGUGGGAAUGGAACCGAGGAGACAACCAACGUUGGAAGAUCAUACCCUAUUGA